UAGACGCAAGAGAAACUGGAAUGAUCUGGUCAUUUACCAAAACUCGCUGAAGUAAACCCUUGUGACAUCUCCAGACACUUGUCCCAUCCCAAGCGGAAAGGGUAUGGAGGAGCAAACGGGUUAGCAGAGAAGCCUCGGAGAGGGGGCUGGAGGAUUUAGCUGCUCUUUGCCGCCUCCUGCCAGCCCAAGGGCCUUCCUCCCAGGUGUGCCUUGCACUAUGGACUCCCCGGGGUACAACUGCUUUGUGGACAGAGACAAGAUGGACGCUGCCAUCCAGGACCUGGGGCCCAAGGAGCUGAGCUGCACCGAGCUGCAGGAGCUGAAGCAGCUGGCACGCCAGGGCUACUGGGCCCGCAGCUAUGCCCUGCGGGGAAAGGUGUACCAGCGCCUGAUCCGGGACAUCCCCUGUCGCACGGUAACGCCCGAUGCCAGUGUGUACAGUGACAUUGUGGGCAAGAUCGUGGGCAAGCACAGCAGCAGCAGCCUGCCCUUGCCUGAAUUUGUGGACAACACGCAGGUGCCCAGCUACUGCUUGAACACUCGAGGCGAGGGCGCCGUGCGUAAGAUCCUGCUGUGCAUCGCCAACCAGUUCCCUGACAUCUCCUUCUGCCCCGCCUUGCCCUCCAUCGUGGCCCUGCUGCUCCACUACAGCAUCGACGAGGCCGAGUGCUUCGAGAAGGCCUGCCGCAUCUUGGCCUGCAACGACCCCAGCAAGAAGCUGAUCGACCAGAGCUUCCUGGCCUUUGAGUCUUCCUGCAUGACGUUUGGGGACCUGGUGAACAAGUACUGCCAGGCGGCCCACAAGCUGAUGGUGGCUGUGUCGGAGGAUGUCCUGCAGGUCUACGCGGACUGGCAGCGCUGGCUGUUCGGGGAGCUGCCCCUCAGCUACUUUGCUCGCGUCUUUGAUGUCUUCCUGGUGGAAGGUUACAAGGUGUUGUACCGAGUCGCUCUGGCAAUCCUCAAGUUCUUCCACAAGGUGAAAGCUGGGCAGCCACUAGAGUCGGACAACGUGAAACAGGACAUUCGCACCUUUGUCAAGGACAUCGCCAAGACCGUGUCUCCCGAGAAGCUGCUGGAGAAAGCAUUUGCCAUCCGCCUCUUCUCUCGGAAGGAGAUUCAGCUCCUGCAGAUGGCCAACGAGAAAGCCCUGAAGCAGAAGGGUAUCACCGUCAAGCAAAAGAGUGUUUCACUUUAUAAAAGGCAGUUUGUGCACCUGGCCGUCCACGCGGAGAACUUCCACUCGGAGAUCGUCAGCGUGAAGGAGAUGAGAGACAUCUGGUCCUGGGUCCCUGAGCGGUUUGCCCUCUGCCAGCCCCUCCUGCUCUUCUCCUCGCUGCAGCACGGGUACAGCCUGACCAGGUUCUAUUUCCAGUGUGAAGGACAUGAGCCCACCCUCCUGCUCAUCAAGACCACACAAAAGGAGGUGUGUGGAGCUUACCUGUCGACAGACUGGAGAGAGAGAAAUAAGUUUGGAGGCAAACUGGGCUUCUUUGGGACUGGAGAGUGCUUUGUGUUUAGGCUGCAGCCUGAGGUCCAGCGCUACGAGUGGGUGGUCAUCAAACACCCGGAGCUGACCAAGCCGGGGUCCUUGGAAACUACCGCCACUCCAUCCCCACUCUGCCACUCCAUGUCCUCAGACCCUACUGACCGCCUCUCACCGUUCCUGGCUGCUCGGCACUUCAACCUGCCCUCCAAAACUGAGUCCAUGUUCAUGGCCGGGGGCAACGACUGCCUCAUCAUAGGUGGAGGGGGUGGCCAGGCGCUCUACAUCGAUGGGGAGCUGAACCGGGGCCGCACCGGCCACUGCGACACUUUCAACAACCAGCCCCUCUGCUCUGAGAACUUCCUCAUCGCUGCCGUGGAGGCCUGGGCCUUCCAAGACCCUGACACCCAUUGACGGGCCUGCGCCCAUGGUGAUCCAGCUGCCGCUGUCAGAGCCUGAAGCUUCUGCUGGGCCUCAUUGUGUGUUCACAUCUGAAGAGGCUGCCCAGGGCAGCCCAGGGAGCUGGGCAGCCCUGGGCAGCUCCAUUUUCCGGGGCCUGUCCAGAGAAGCCUGGACCCAUGGAGUCUUCUUCAGCCCUCCGCCUCUCUGGCCUGGGACCUCCUUAGCUCCUGUGCACUCUCCCAAGCCGCCCCAGUUCGCCUCCACGUCACUACAGUGACUUGGGCCCUGGGAUUCCGUCCAGACUUCUCAGCAUGGCGUGCUUGUCUCAUCCAGCUCUACUCACCUCGCCUAUCAGGCCGCACACACCCAGGUGCCAGGCUGCGCCCUCCCCAGCUCCCGGCUCAUGUGGCACCUUCACCACGUACCCCUCUGCAUGGCACAUGUCCUCCCUCUGCGUCCCUCUCACAGCACUGUGAUCGGCCACAUAGCAUGGUUUUCUUGUGGCACCACCUCUCCCCUUCCUCCUUGCCUGC